CACUAAUUGACAGUAUUGAAUUCGUGUCUUAAGGCGUCUGCACCCGUAGACUCGACUCAUACAAACCAAAACCAAAGUCACGGCCGGCUCGACUUCUUUCUUUACACUCAUUUUUUUAAUUACAGUACGGACGAUCUCGCAUUUUACUUUUGCAACUUUCUAUCUUCAUCAUGCUCAACAUUGAUUGGAAGGGCCUUGCCCUCCCCUUUGCCUAUGUUCUCGUCCUCGGCAGCGCACUCAUGACGUUCUCGACAAUCUACCGAAAAAGAAAAGCUGCUGAGAGCGCCAACUUGGCUCCGUGGUUCGGUCCUCACCUCCAGCGCAACGUCUAUCUGUCCCUGCUACACCUCGAGGAUGGCUCCGAAAAGGGUCCCAAGAUCCCCGAAAGCGUUCUCCGAGCUGCCCUUUUGCGUCGCGCCGUCGAGGAUAUCCGCCGUCUGAUCCAGAUCAAGUCUGCGAAGCAAGCAUGUGGUUCUCUGCUGCAACGAGGUAGUGUGGGUGAUGAUUUGUGGCAGCGAUUCCAGCGCGCUGAGAAGGAGAUGGAGGAGGAGUUGAGAGAUGUCGUCACAGAGGCUAACGCUCUCGCACCAAACUGGGGCCAGUCCAUCUUCCAAUCCGCCCACGAAAUGACCGCCAAUGCUGCCAUGCGCAGCUCAAUCGAAGAGAUUCUCGCCCAAGCCGAGUCAGAGAAGCAAUGGUGGGAGAAGCGCCGAGGACAGAUCCAGUCAGAGUUCAUGAAGGAGCUUGACGGCUCUGAGCAGAGCUCUUCUGCCAAGACUGCCAGCGAGGAGGAUGCCGUCAUGGUCGACACGCCUUCAAAGAAGAAGGGCAAGAAAUAAAUAGUUGAAGAUAUCUUGGUGGGUUGGGAGGAUGGGGGUGUCUUUAUAGGUAUAUUCAUGGUUCCGGACCUACCUACCUCUUCAAAUUUUGGUUGUAGAAUACCACAUGUCACUUUGUUGCGAGGCGCACACUCUUGGUGUGUAUGGGAAGAAGGGAAGGAAAUUCACACCAUCGGCGUUGAGGUUGAUUUUGAAAAUAGUAGCAUGGGCUU